GUCUAUUUGUGCUGAUUCUGGGGUGGAGGAAUAACUUUGGCAGACUUUGUGUGACAAGAUACCCCCUUAACAAAUAUAAUGUGUAAAUAUUUUAUUAAUGUAAUUAUUAGCAGGGAUAUUUAUUGUGUCCUAACCAAGUAUACGACCGUGAGGUGGGUUCUCAUUAACCCAACGUGCAUGUGAUAAAGUAUAAAAGCUCCUCUGCCCCUUUGCUCUUUCUACCUUUCGCAUCAUCAAAGCCCCUAAACAAUUUGGAACCAUGAAGUGGGUAACAUUCAUUUCUUUUCUUUUCUUGGCAAGCUUGGCCGCGUCAAAACACCUACCCAGAAGGUACCGGCAUGCAGGUAAUAUGUCAUUUUAUGUCAUAUAAUGCCAUAAACCAGUUUGAUUUGGUUGGUAAGAUUAAUGUUGCCUUUGUGAUUUUUUAAUGUGGGGGUUGAACCUCAUUUUUAAUAGCGAUAGAAAAGUAAGUCAAGUGCGCGAUAAAUACAGGGAUUACUAAUACAUAUUAAAGUCACAAUGAGUGCAGUCCUGUGGUCCAUCGGAGGCUGUCCAAGGUCCAUAGGAUCAGCUAGACUUCCCACUCUUGAGGGUAUGGAGAAAGGAAGAUCCAGCAGCCAAUGUCUCCUCCCUCCACGGAGGUGUCCACUGCUACUUCAUUUCUGAUGCUGAAGUGCUGAUAUUGGGCAAGACUCAUGCAUCCCAGAGGCAUGAUGGGUGCUUGCAUUCUCUUUUUAACUAAUAUGGCUGGAAUUCUAUACCCAUUUACCACCGAGUAAAGCCUACCCAACUCAGUAGUGUUUUGGUCUGAACAUAUGUGCAAAGGCUUGUACUACUAGAAGCACUGAGUGAAAUUUUGAUUAUUGUCUUCUUUACAGGACAUCAGGACACCAUAGCACAAGCUACCGAAGUGACGCCUGAUGAGUUUCGAGGGAUGUAAGUCUUUUCAGGAAAUUUCUUUCCAAAUGACUUGGGCAGAUACAGAGGCUAUGAACUACCACUAGCUUAAUAUUCUGGACUGCCAAUAACAAAAUUGUAUGAAGCUAUUAUCAAAUGAAGCAAGACACAUUGUAAACAUUAUAAUCCAAUAUUAAGUUGAUGAAUCAGAUUAAUUGAUUUAAAAUCACUUGGUAAAUAAAUUGGGUUGCCCUUCAAUUAUUUUUUCAAGAAUUAUAAUUAUUUAUCAAAUAGGGUCUUACUAUAACAAAAACCAACCCCACAGAGGGUAAGAACUGUCUUAGAAAGGUCACUCCCCAUUGUCUCUGAUGACCCUAAGGACAGGCUUGGUGUCACCAGUAGGCGCCUUUGGGAAACUGCCAAGAUCUUACCACCUCUGUGGAGCCCACAAUUGUUGGUGUCUUUCAUAAGCAAACCUGCAUUAAUCAGCUGCGUCUGAGAAGCUUCUUUUUUUAAGAUUUCAGAAAAUCUGUGGUGUAUUCUGUAGUGUUGAGGGGAAUUUGAAAUGGCAGCUUUCCCACCAUUAUGACCACUUCAGCAAAGGAAUUCCUCUCAACAGGCCUAGAACAAUAUCUUCCUAUGGCAUAACUGUUUAAAGUUAUCUGAAAGCAAUCACAAUCAUUUUUAUUUAAAUGCUACUGUAUGCACUACUAGUCAAUUAAUCUGCUCAAACUCAUAUAAUGAAUCUGGGAGGACUUAUUAAAUAGUGCAAUAAUCCUGGCUUGACUUAUUCUCCAUCAAUAACUAUUUGUACUAGCUGAUUACAUAAAUAAGGUCACCUCCUUCCUAAAGACUGUUUAGUUUCUCUGUCUCAUGAGGCCCCUAUUUCCCCUCUAAUAUUUCUCAUUGCAUAUUUUGAAAACCAGAGCUCAGAUGCAUUCCCAUUCCUGGUCUGUUACACAAACUGAGACCCUAUCCACAUGGCUAUGAAGUUAGGAUUUCUUGCCCCAAUAUAUAUACAGUGGUACCUCGGGUUACAUACGCUUCAGGUUACAUACGAUUCAGGUUACAGACUCUGCUAACCCAGAAAUAUUGCUUCAGGUUAAUAACUUUGUUUCAGGAUGAGAACAGAAAUUGUGCUCCGGUGGCGCAGCAGCAGCGGGAGGCCCCAUUAGCUAAAGUGGUGCUUCAGGUUAAGAACAGUUUCAGGUUAAGUACGGACCUCCGGAACGAAUUAAGUACUUAACCCGAGGUACCACUGUAAUGGAAUCUUUGCUUACAUUGAAUUGUAUAAAUGUCAUUUUAAUGUCUGUCUACCCAGUUGUGAGAGAUCUCUUUUAAUCUCCUUACUAUCCCAUUUGGUUUUAACCACCCAAAAGAAUGUGCUUGCUCUUAGAAGUCAUGUAGAAUAUUGUUAUACACAGAGGGAACAUUUUUUCAAAUAAAUCAUGUGUGCAUUUUCUAGUGCCCUAGUCAUAUCCUCUCAAGCCCUGCAACAAGCGACAUAUGAAGAGGUGUCAAAAGUAAAGAAUGAUAUUGUAGAACUUCAGAAGAAAUGCGCUGCUGAUGAAAAAUCAGAUCCAGAAUGUACAAAGCCUUUGGUAAGUGUUUGGGAGCUGAAUUUAGAGAACAUAGAAAUAAAACUGUAAAGAAAUGCAAAUAUAUUGGGAACUGAUCUAUGCAGAGAUGUAGCACUCUAAAAUGGGGAACUUAUUAGUUUUAAUAGCAGGUUACAUUUCUUGUUGGAACAUAUCCAGGUCUACUAUCUGAUAUUCAGGGAUCUGGUAAGAUACAUGUUACAGUAUUUUGCUUUCAGAUUGUUUUUAACGUUUUAUGCUUUUAUUUUAUGGUUUCUAUCAUUUUAAUGUUGUCAGCUGCUUUGGUAGGGGCAGUGCAGCAGACUUUGGAGGAAGGCUGGAGAUGACAGAUGGCCAUUUAACGUCUGCUUAAAAAACCCCAAGGAGGGACAGCCUAUGUUUUCAGGUUCUGUCUACUGGCUCAAAAUAUCUGCCUCUGUUCACUGGCAGGAACAUUUUGAGUUAUAGGUUAUCAAAAAUAUUCAUAGACCCCACCACGUAUCAGGACAGUGUACAACAAAGUUUCCAUGUACAAAAUGUACAAAGUACAAUAACAACAAUGUGGAACAAUUAUAAAGAUGACUAGUUCAUCUUUAAAAAGUUUCAGCAGAAUAGACCUACCAACACAAAAAUGUCUUCAAGAAAUGUCUGACGAUUAGUAGUGAGGAUGCCUGCUAAAUUUCUGCUGGAAUAGUUUUCCACAACAUGGGAUCGAUGACCCUAUAUGUCCAACUUCUACUUGAAGCUAAUCAGGCUUUUGAAAACUAGAGGGCAACUCUUCCAGAUGAUCUCAGUGAUCAAACAGGAAAAUAAGGGCUCAUGCAUUCUAGCGGUUUAUAAACCAACUUAACUUUUCAAUAAAUCUGUCUGGUGACUGUCCUUUAAACCAUGUAGAAUAUAGAAACUUAAUUCUAUGGACAACUGCCAGUUUAACAUUUAAGAGGCUUAUAUGCCCCCCCCCCCCCGCGCAAAAAAGAUGUUUUCUUUAUGUGGACUAAGCAAACAGGCGACUGCAAUUGCAACCAAUUAAGAGAACACUUUGCUUCCCUCCACCAGGGUACCGUUUUUCUGGAUGAAAUUUGUCACGAGCAAGAAAUUAUUGCGAAAUAUGGAUUUGCUGACUGUUGUGCUAAAGUUGACCCAGAAAGAAAAGACUGUAUUCUGGCCCAUAAAAAUGGAACUCAAGGAUUCAUUCCUCCCUUUCAAAAACCAUCUGCAGAGGAGGGCUGCAAAGCAUUUGAAGCAGACCCAGAUCAAACCAUGGGAAGGUAAGCAGAUUGAUUCAGUGCUGUAACUUUGAGGAUUUGGUUGCCCUUUGUGAGAGGAAUGAAACAAAAAUAAGACGUACAAGUUUCUAUUUCAAAUCAUCUAUCCGAUAAUUGCAAAUUCUGACUGCUACUUCAUGCAAGGUGUCAAAAAUGAAAGAUAACCUCACCUCCAAACAGCUGUGCUCCUUCAUCAAUGUCUUAGCCAGCCAGUCUGUAAUUUAUCCCCACCUUCUCCUGGCCAGGGUUCUAGCUUGCUGACCAGACACACUCUCGUCUAGGAUUUGCCAUUCCAUUCUCACCUAUUUCCUCUUUUUCUUUUCAAACUAACACUUGAUAUGCUGUGGCAGCUGAGGAUGCUCAGUCCUUACCAGGCUGGUGUGUGGUGGGAUAUCUGGCAUUGUUUUGUUUUGUUUUUUGUUUGGUUGUCUGCAAAUCUUGGUGGCAUGACCAUGCUUCUCAAUGGUUCUGUUUGGGCUUCAUAGGCAUCUGAAUGGAUUGCUUGAGUUUGUUAUUGGAGGAAGUGAUGUGGAAUGCUACAAACUGACAAAUCUCCUGCAAUGAAAUCUCUUGGAUUUAAGUAGCCCACUUGCGUGCACAGUUGCAGCCCGGGGCUCCAUUGCGGGAAUUUGAAUUUAUUUGUCUUUCCUUCUUCUUAGUAGUCUUGGAUAAAUGAUUGCCCUCCCUCUGCUUUAUAUCAUCAUCUUAAUUUAUAAAGGUGCUGACUACCACAUUCUUUCAUGCAAGAAAGUGCAGUUCGUGUUAUUGAAAGGCAACUUUUUAUCCUAGGUAUGUCUAUGAAAUUGCCAGAAGAUACCCUUUUUCAAAGACCUCCAGCAUCUUUGCAGGAGCUAGAAAAUAUAAGGAGGUACUGACAACUUGCUGCAAGGAAGCUGACAAAGAUGCCUGCUUUGCAGAAAAGGUAUUCCGUUAUCAUCCAAAUAAUGUAGCUGAUGGUUAAGGAAUUUACCUCUGCUAGGUUCUUAGGAUAUUUUUUUCCUACCUGCUUAGACUACUGGUCAAUCUAGCCAAAUCUUGUCUACUUCUGGGAUUCACACAGUAGGUUUUUUUUCUUUCCCUUCCCUGCACCAAUCUAAACAUUUUCUUUCUAAAUGCCAAGGAUUGGAACCUGAGGCCUUCUGCAUAUAAAGCAAGUGUUUUAUCCCCGAAGCACAGUCUCUGCCAUAAUUCUUCCUCAGACUUUGGCAUUCCCCUGUACGGGGGGAAUAACAGAACGCAAAAUGUUAGAACCUAUGGCACUUCCUGGUUUUUUUGAAAACUAAGUAACAUGAUGCAACUUGUAAUUUACUUAUUUUUAAAUAAACUUAUUAAAAAUCCCUUUUGCAAUAAAAAAGCAUUGGCCCUGAUUAACUGGAACACCCUCCCUCAAUAUAAAUGCCCCAACCUCUAAGCCAGUCCAAUGCAAGUCAAAACUCUCCCCCAUGCUCUCUCCCACUCUUUCCUGCCCUUUUCUUGCCAUAAUUGCUGCUUGGACACUCACUGCAGGCAAAACUAAGUCUUCUAGUCGUUAUACUAAUACAAGCUUAUACAACAUUGAAUACUAUGUACCAAUUUGAUGCUAGAAGCAGUUGUCAAUUACCAUUCCUAUCCAGCUAUGUUAGUUGGUCAUUUGGCUGCCACUAAUGUCACUAGAAGGGAAGGAGAAAUAGAUGAUAGAUAGAUGAUAGAUAGAUAGAUAGAUAGAUAGAUAGAUGAUAGAUAGAUAGAUGAUAGAUAGGUAGAUAGAUGAUGAUAGAUGAUAGAUAGAUAGAUAGAUAGAUAGAGAGAUAGAGAGAUAGAUGAUAGAUAGAUGAUAGAUGAUAGAUGAUAGAUGAUAGAUAGAUAGAUAGAUAGAUAGAUAGAUGGUAGAUACAGAUAGAUGAUAGAUAGAUAGAUUCCAAUGGAAUUCAAUGAAACUUAAAAGUGUUUUAACUUGCCCAAUAGUUUUGCAAUGGAUAUUGUUGUGGCACUAUUUUUUUUAAAAAAAAUACUUUACAUUUGCGUGUUCAGACCCAGAAAUUCCCCCCUAAAUAAAUUCACGCUUGACUCAAAUUUUAGUUUGGAUUUUGGCAGAAUUUAGGCCACAACUUUAUUGAUUACAGAAAGUGACUGGUUGCAUAGGCUCCAGUUCAAAUAGCUCCCUGCCAAGCAGGUAGCACUGACCCAGGAUUCCAGCAUAGGUCAGCCAAGGGUGAAAACCUGGAUAGGCAGAAAGUCGGGAACAAACUAUGUCCGCCACCCAAAUGUCCCCCUGGACUCAGGCACGGGCACAACCCCCUCUCAAGGGUUGACCAAACCAUUUGAGUCUCUGGAUUCCUUUAACAGAAUACCCUUCACAUAGGGAUGGCCUAUCCUGAACCAGGGUCUCGCCGCAACCUUACAAGUUGUGAUGAUUUGCUACGCGGCAGGUGAAACCCAAAUGGCAACAGCCAAUCAGCCAAGUGGGGGAAAUUCCUACCGUGCCCCUGUCCCAACAACAGACAACACACAACGGCAUAGCAAGGUCAAGCACAAAGCCCUAAAAGUAGGGAGAGGUGGGCAGGUGUUCCGAAUGCACGCACCAAAAGAGGAAGCUCUGGGUCACGUGCAUGGGUAUAUAAAGGUCCCUCGAUCCAUUUGGACUGCGCCCAUUGGCCAGAUUGAACCCAGCUAUGAGGGACCUACCAAUCGGGUGUUGUGGCUUACCAAUCUUACCCACCUACAACACAGGGAUUCAGUUUUCAAGUCUCACCGCAACACAUGCCCUCUUUAAGGGAGGACACGAUUUCCACCCUAUCCUAACUUUUUUAGAAUGAGUCAAGCACAUUUUCCUUCUGAAUUCCAUUUUUGUUGUUGCCAUCAUCGUUAUUGUUGUUAAAGUGUUGUUGUUGUUAUUGCUACAGGCAACAGAAGUCUCAAAGUAUUUGAGAAAAGAGUUUGCUCGACAAAAGCAGAUAUGCUCUGUCCACAGGAAGCUUGGAGAAGUGCCCCUGCAGGCUCUGUAAGUUUAGCUGCAUUGGGGGUAGUAAGGGGGUGAGGUGGGGCAGAGUGAAUUACCUACAUAGAUUAAGUGUUCCCGAGAAAGUAAAAAAUGAGACUAAAAUAUAUCCCUGCAAACCAUGUGCCAAAUGCACUUGUUUCUCGGAUAGCAUCCUUUUGAGGUGUUCAUAGUAUUAUAGCAUCAGGAAAGAGCAAUGUGAACAUCAGAAAAGUUCCUGGGACAUGACACUUUAUCUAGCAGGAAGGAAGAAUAUGGGGGGUUCACAGGAUGCUAAAUUUUGUACCCAAAAUUUUGAAGCUUUUAUCUUCUUGUGUGGAGCCAUGGAAAGCAACACACACAAGCACACAGCCCAGAUAGGCAGGAUUUCUAACACACACACACACACACACACACACACACAAACACACACACACAGACCAUUUUUGAUUGAAGGGCACAAUAUGUUUAUCCUACUGAUAAUACUAGAAUUAAAUUGUAGCUGUCAUCCAUCUCUCUUGGCACAAUCACAACAUUUUGUUUAUUUUCUUUUCAGAAAAGUUGCUCUGAUCAGUCAAAAGUUUCCAAAGGCAGAUUUCCCUACAGUUCUCAAGCUUUCUGCAGAUAUUGUACAUGCCUACACAGAAUGCUGCAAGGGCGAUACUCUGGAGUGCUUGCUUGAUAGGGUAAGUUUUGUCAAUUUCAAUGUAAUUGACUUCAACUCAGCAAUACAUUCUUGCUCAGAAAAGCCAGUUGUUCGGCAUUUGCUGAAUUUAGAACAGAGCUGGGUCAGGCAGACAUAAGGCUUGUAGGACCUAUUCUUUUCUGUGCUUAUGUGUGCUCAUUUAUGCAUAUCCUCCUCAUCAUCAUCAUCAUAUUUAUUUCUAUUGUGCCUUUUUCCCUGGCUGGGACUCCCAGCAGCUUACAGAUAAAAUAGUAACAGAAAAGAACACGUGGGGGGGGGGGGGAAUCAAUAAUUAAAAACAACAAUUAAACAUUCAUAAAGUUAAAACUGAACAUAUAUCAGUCGGUGCUCCAAAGCCUGUGGGAAUAGAAAAGUAGUCUUUGUCUUUAUAAACUCUGCUGUGAAAGAAUCGGCUGUAAGAAAAUGAACUGCAUUUGAAUCUCUGUGUUUACUGACCAGAAACAAUGACAAGUUUCAUUCCUGUGCCCAUUGCGCCUUGGUCCCAGUCAGGCCAAUGUAAAAGUGAUAAAUUUAUUUCAGUUGAAAUAAGUUUAUUCCAGUUAUGGUUUUGUGACUUGCGUUAAUAUCCAGGAUAAUAAUUGUUAUAUUGCAUAAUAAUAGUGAUACGACAACAGAUACUAACUUUCCCGGCUACUCUGGGUCUGCCAGAUCACUGCCAUAAAUACUGACCAGAUCCUUUCUUACAGGCUGACGUGUCAAAGUACGUCUGUUCACAUCAAGCCACUCUAUCUUCUAAAGUGCACGACUGCUGUGAAAAGAGCCUGCUGGAACAAGGAGAUUGCAUAGCCCAUUCGGAAAAUGAUGACAAGCCUGCAGAUCUGUCUCCCACUGUCAGAGAAUUCAUUGAUAACAAAGAAGUGUGCCAACACUAUGCUGACAACCAUACUCUUCAUCAGGCAAAGUAUGCCAUAGAAAUCCCACACAAUCUUUCAUUCAACCCUACAGGGAGUUUUGAGUUUCAGCUAAACAUGCAAACAGGGUGUUGAAGUGUGACUGGGGGUGGGGGGAGAGAGUCAGUUGGAUAUAAGGAUUUGAGCAAAUAAAUUUCCCCAAACAAGGACUGGAACAAAGUUGCAGGGAGAAAAGAGCGAGAAGGCAUGAGAGAGUAGAGAAGGAGCAGGCUGGGGCAGGGAAGAGGAAAGCUAAGUUGUUACAGAAGCAAGUACAGAAAUUCUUCCUCCACUCUGUCCACUCAAAUGGCUUACUCCACAGGGAGAGCGGUGCACAGACUAGGACUUCUUUAUGAUCACAGUAGUUUUCUGGGAGGGAGGAGAGCUCAGAUAGUGUUUGCUGUUGUUGUUGACAGCAGUAGUAGUUUUUGUAGUUGUUCUUGAUAUCAUUAUGACUUAUCUUUCCAAGGCUAAUGUGGCAAAAUUCAAUAGGGGAGAGGGGCAGAGAGCGCCCAACAGUGACAUCCGUCUUUUCCCCAUAUAAUAUUCCUGGAAGCAACACAAUGUGAUCACUCUGCCAAAUCUCCUCUGUUGUGUAAAAAAACCUCUGUCCUUGAUUUGGAUCAGGAGUGCCUGAAACAUUCUCUCCCCCUCUCUCACACACACACCUGAAUAUUAAUUGGGAGUUUCAUAUCUAAUGUACAUGAAAGCUGGAAGUAUUGCUGAGAUAUACGGUAUUUGAAGUUAUUUGAACACUAAGCCAAAACUGGGAACCUCAGACCAGGGACCAAAUGUGACUUGCAAAGCUUCCAUACUGCACCAGAUUGGCUAGGGCAAUCUGGCUGGGAAUAACAACAACAACAACAAACAAACAAACAAACAAACAAACAAACUAUACAGGCCACACCUCUUACUAGCCUCAUCUUCCUUCGAGGACUUUUGCCUGGAUGGAACAUGUCCUUUAACUCAAAUAAUGCUGUACAAAUGUACAGUUCAAAUGUAUUGCUGCAAUUACUUUUGACUCUAGCCCUAUACACCCCUGGCAGUGCCUCUUCUCCCACCCACCCACCAAAGGUUGCUGAGAAGGGAAAGUAGCCCUCGGGCUGAAAAGUGUUCCCUUUCAGCGUUUAUUUCUGUUGGUGUUAACAUUGUCAUCCUCAUCUUCAUACUCUGUUAAUGGGAUAUUUCCUGUGUUUCAGGUUUGUGCAUGAAUAUGGAAGGAGACACCCUGAGUUAUCCCCAGAGUUGCUUGUGAGACUUGGCAAAGGCUACGGUGAUUUGUUGGAGAAGUGCUGUGCUCUUGAGAAUGUUGUGGAGUGCCUUGGCCAUGGGGUGGGUUAUGAUUCAUCUCCAUACAAAGGAUAUUUGCUUGUUUCCUGAUAAGCAGAAGACAGGUUGUGAACAUUUUGUAGGACAGGUAGAACUAGCUCUUACAAAGCAGGGAUCUCUCCUAGGACUACCUUGGAUGCAAAGAAUUGGACCUGGGAACUUUAGGAUGGCAAAGCAACCCUUUGGUGUCAGGCAUUGCCUAUGUUCAGAUCACGGAAAGAAAAUUUCCUAAGGUGCAUGUUUUUAAGCAAAAUGAUAUAAUUCACUCCACUCAGAGUAAUGCAUAGAACUAAAUGUAAUCACCCUGUGGAUUUCACAUUUCUCUGAAUUGUUGGUCCUGUACCAAAAAUGUACAAAAGGGAUGUUUGGAAAUGUGAGUGUUAAGAUAAAAUUUGCACUUAAAGACAUAUUUUGCCAUAAAUAUGACUUUCCUUUGUUGCCUCAUAAUAGGCUAUUGCCAUCCUUUAGCUCCCUCAAAUGGAUUAUUCUGUGUUGCCUCUUACACUGUAGGAAAUGAUGCUGUGAAAUUUCAUGUUUAGCCAUUUUUAUGUUUUAAAAAAUGCCAUUGUCAAUCCUCAUCUAUGUUUACCUUCAAUAAAGCUCUUGUCUUCUUUUGCAUAAAAGGCAUGUUACAGAGCCUGUUCAAACUUCCUCUCAAAGCUGCAUCUUUUCUUAUAGUUCUGCUCUUAAAAAUAUACAUAUAUCAGAAAUUCUCCUUUCUUUCAGGAAGCAGAGCUCAAAAAACACAUUUCUGACACCCUAGAAGUGGUGAAGAAAAACUGUGAACUGCAUGCGACAGCAGGAGACUACCUCUUCCAAAAUGAGUAUGUUUUUUAUUGUCAUAAGAUUUCCAGCUUGUGAAAGGGGGCAAGAUGCUCAACAAUUCAUGUGAGCUCAGGAUGCAAAAAACCUUUCUGAGACAAAACAACUUCAAUGAUUGCCCCCGCAUCUGUUGAAGAUUAAAAAUUCUAGCUGUUGCGCAUCUCUCAGGAAUUCACUGUCAGCUAAGUAAUAUGAUGUCCUACUAGCUGUGUAACAAAAAUCAGGAUAAAAACUAUCUGUGUGUUUGCUUAGGUAGAAACAGAAGGCUUUGUGGGGAUGGGAAGAGCUCAUGAAAUGAAACUCCUUUUCCCCAUAGUCCCACCAUAGUCCUUAAAAGAAGCCUUGCUUGUCUUCUCAAACCUGAGAAAGGCAAUGAAAUUUCAUCAUUACUGCAAGGGGGGGGGGUUAAGCCGGGACUUGCAGGAACUCAGUUCCAGCACCUCUCAGGUGGGCGCCAUUGCCAUUCUAAGAAAACGAAGGAGGCAUUCACACUGAGUUCCAGCACCUCCUUUUCUAGAAAAAUAGCACUGUUGCAAGCCCACCUCAGAUGAGCAUGGCAUCCCAAAUGUCCUCUGACUAAGAUCUCUUUGCAGAUUGCUCGUCCGCUACACCAAGAAAGCACCCCAGCUGACAUUUGACCAACUGUACGAAUACACCAAGGGACUCACGAAAGCUGCUGCCAAAUGCUGCCACGAAGAUGAAGCCCACAAGCUGCCAUGUGCCGAGAAAUAUGUGAGCGUUUUCUUCUCCAUAUUUGCCUCUCUGUCUGUCCUUGCCCCCUUUCCUUCCCACCCACCACCUCAGAAUUCCAUUAAGUGCCCAAACUGUUUGGGGAUUUAAAUGUAAUGGCAAGCUGUUGGAAUCGGGCUGAGAAGUACAGAACAGCCAUGGUCAGCCCAAGAUAUUGCAACGUCUCUGGUGAAGUACGAAAUGACAUCCCUCUUAUUCCAUUUACGAUACCAGUCACAAUGGCAUCAGGCUGUUGCUGGUAACAGGAUAGCAUCGUACACUGCAUCUAAGGGCACAGGUUUGCUCAGAGGCCAUAGAAGCAGAGAUGUGCCCAUUGCCUGCCCCUCAUCACUUGCUUCCUAGGGAUGGGCCAUCUAGAAGAGCAACAAAUGCUGGAGUAUCAUGCUCCAAACCAUGAGACCCUCUACCCCCCAUAACAUCCCUUCCUUUUUGCAUGUUGCAAAAAUCUAAUCUGCAUGUGACAUAAUAAUAAUAGUAAUAAUUUUAUUACUUAUACUCCGCCCAUCUGGCUGGGUUUCCCCAGCCAUUCUGGGUGGCUUACAGAACAUAUAAAAGCAUAGUACAAUGUCAAACAUUUCAUGCUGGGUGUGGACUUCAUGUCAAUGGUGGCUAUGGCCCAAGGCGACACCUUUCACAAACUUGCAAGAUACACGCACAGAGCAUUCACAUGUGUACAGUACAAAAUUAGACACAUUCGCCAUGCACUGCAUUGCAAUGAGAAUGCAUAUCUGAUUAUUAAGCUAAUGACUGGGAGGGGCAAUUUCUAUCCCUAUCAUGACAAUGGACUUUUUGGAGAGGUUGAAUGCCUAGCUCAGCUUUAGAAUACAGAUGAAAAUAACUGCCCUACAGGGACUCUUCACACAUCCCCCUCCACAGUGCUAGUAUUAUCACUGCCCCUCCCCAAAUGAUAUAUACUUCAAUUUGCUUGCAUUUUUUCUAAACCAAAAUGCAGUCUUUCUUCAAAGAGGUGUUGUUCAGCCUUUUGACCCCUUUGGUUACUGUUUUCUGAAACUCUUCCAGGUCUCCUUUGUGCUUGGAGAGAUAUGUCGGGAGCAUGAAAUACAUCACAUCAACAAACAAGUGUGCAAAUGCUGUGGUGACUCCUUAACUUUCCGUCGGGAAUGUUUCAGUGGUUUAGGACCGGAUCCAGAAUAUGAGCCUACACCAUUUGCUUCCGACCUGUUCACCUUCCAUCCAGAUUUAUGCACAGCUGAUCCAGAAGUUCUGAAGCGCAAGAAGCAAAAGUAAGAAACCAGAAGCAUGCAGCCCAAUAUUUGGCUGGUUAUUUCAAAUCAGUUAGUGUUUAUGGACUUUAGCCUUCUUCACCACUUUAACUUCUGACCAAAUGCACCUUGCUGCCUACACUCUGCCACCCUCUUUGGCUUCUCAGAAAGUUCUCCCAUUUGAACCCCCAUUCCUUUAUUUAUCCUAUUGUCUUCCCAGCCCCCUUCCCUCAAUAUUUCCUGGGGUUUUGCCUUUCCUGCCCCUCUCUUCCCUAGGACCUUUUACCUUCCAUUUCAGAGGGGAAGCAUUGUCUCCUGCCUUGUAACAUCAUUUCCAACCCUAUAAUAUCCCUAAAGGUAAAGGUACUCCUGACCGUUAGGUCCAGUCGCGGACAACUCUGGGGUUGCGCGCUCAUCUCACUCUAUAGGCCGAGGGAGCCAGUGGUUGUCCGCAGACAGCUUCUGGGUUAUGUGGCCAGCAUGACUAAGCUGCUUCUGGUGAAACCAGAGCAGUGCACGGAACACCGUUUACCUUCUCACCAGAGCAGUACCUAUUUAUCUACUUGCACUUUGAUGUGCUUUUGAACUGCAAGGUGGGCAGGAGCUGGGACCGAGCAACGGGAGCUCACCCCAUUGCAGGGAUUCGAACCACCAACCUUCUGAUUGGCAAGCCCUAGGCUCUGUGGUUUAGACCACAGCAUCACCCACGUCCCACAUAAUAUCCCUAGUGAUGACCUAAAGUGAUUAUAAUGACCCAAUUAUGAAGUGAUGCUUUGAAGAAAGGACAUGCUUGGCCUGCUUUUACUCUCUCAUCACUUUUCAUGAGGCUAAUGAUUCCAUCCUCCAACUUACUUUUGUUGUCGUUGCAGGCAGCUUGUCGACUUGAUAAAGCACAAGCCCACAAUCACUGAUGAGCAACUAGCAGGCGUGAUUGUAGAUUUCCAAGGCAUGAUGACACAGUGCUGCGAAGUUGCUGACCAUAAGACAUGCUUUGAAACAGAGGUAUUUUUAAAAAUGAAGACAAGUAUCCAUAGCAUUUUUUUUUUCAUUCACUGGCAGUGUGACAAGGCUAUGGGCAUGUGGUGGAAUAUGAAUGUGUGGCCCUGAACUCCUAGUCAGUGAUGUGUGGCAAACAGGCAUUUCUGCAGCUCUCUGAGAAGACACACCUCAGAUGUCUUCAUUAAUGGGAUGCAACUAGUGGGAUUGCAACUAGUAACACCAUGAGCAGAAGGCAUGGGAGACUAGAUGAGAGAUAAUAAAUGUGACUUAAAUUUUCGCUGAGGAUACUCAGUGUUAUUUUUCCAGAAAAAGAGGUGCCAGAACUCACCUUGAACACCUCCCUUGUUCUUUUAUAAUGGCAAUGGUGCCCACCUGAGAGGUGCCAGAACUGAGUUCCAGUGAGUUCCAGUUAGAGAAAGCCCUGAGUAUACUAAUUCGGAAUCAAGAUAAUCCUGAGGACUACUGUGAGCAGAUGUCCUUAGGACUGCACUGAAUACAAGGCAGAGAAAGAAUCAAGUGCAGAAGUAUCAAGUCCAGAAUACUCAAAUGGGGAAUGGGGGAAUACAUUCUAGCUCAGAUGCUUCAGAUGCUUUUGUGUAUGGAAAGCAUUUGAUGGUAUACUGUUGUGUUCAAGACACACACACACUCACCACCACCACCACCACCAACCAUUGGCUACAAAAUGGUAGGUUACUAUUGAACUGGUUUGCUACAGAGAAGAUUGAGAGCUACCAUAGCAGUAGACAACAGGGCUGUUCAUAGACACCUCUGACCUAUCCUGUGGUCCCAAUCUACAAUCCCUAGAUUGGGCCAACCACCCUCUGCUGCUCUGUGAACCACUUAUCCCACCCUGGAUCUGUUCCCAUAGUAAGGAAGGGGCAGGAGAAUCUAGGAGAUGUUGCAUCUCCUUCUUUCCCCCUCCAAUUGGAUUUAAUCCUGUGGGGUACUGCACCUUGUUGAGUGACUUCCCUGCACACAAGGAGGCUGCUUGAGAAGGUACAGCAAAAGAUUUGUUGCUGCUUCAAGUGUGGUCUCCCUGCAUGAAAGGGAAGCCACUUGUGAAGGAGUAGCAACCCUUAAUGCUCAGCUGGUAAGUGGGAGGAUCUGACCUUGUGGGGUGCUGCUUUGAGGGACAGGAAAAAGGAAGAGUCUGGCAGGAAGAAGGAGAGGUAGAAUAGGACUGGCAUCUACCCACUCCUACCUUUUCCCACAAAGAGAUAACUGCCUAUUAGGUCACUCCUUUUCAUACUUUCUCCUUCUUCCUGCCCGAUACUACACCCUCUGACAGCCCCAGUUUGCUUUGGACAGUCCAAAUUGCAGCCAUUUGGGGCCUGGCUAAACCAAGGCCCAGUUUUUCCUGAAUCACUUCAAUAUAGUUCAGUUUGUCCAAAUCUAGUAGACAAACAACUAACAAUGAGUUUCCAGGAAACCAGGAACUGGGUCUCAAGGUUAAGGUGUGAGCAAGAGAACAAAAAAAAAAUGUUUCUUUGUUUGAAUGUGGUACUCUGGACAUAUGGAAUUGUAAUUGCUGCUUUUGCUGAACAAUUAAAGUGAGACUGUGGGUGAUGAGACAGAGUUCUAAGUUCCUUGCUUGUGAAGAAUUGACUCUCCAUAUAAUUUAUGAGAGGCUGUUAAACUAGCAUGAUUAACUAUUCAUCCAGUGAAAGAACUAUGAGGAAUACUUUCCUUAACAAUGUCUGAGGGAAUUGUGUGUUUUUCUUCCAGGGUCCCAAACUGAUUGAAAGGACCCGAACUGCUUUUGGAGAAAGCUAAACAUCUCAGGUGAGCAGAUGUGGAAGAGAGGCUUGUGUCAAGGUGUCUCCGUGAUUUAGUACUGAUGAAAAGACCUAACUGGUACCUGCUAUGCAGUUAUGCACGGGGGACCAUGAUUGCAUUGAAAGUUAGUGGAUUGUUCUGUGUCCUUCCAGAAUCAUUUAGUUCUCUGUUGCUUUAGCUACAUGCCUGAUACAUAUCCAUAGCCAAACAUGACAUUAUGGAUGUUCAUGUUACAUUAUAUGAGCACACAAUCUGCAUACAAUAUCUGCGUUCACAAAUAACUGGGGCAAACCCUAGUAUAGUUAUUCACUUGUAUCAUUCAACAGGUAUAUAGACUGUGCACCUGUAUAGACAAUAACUGAGCUACACAAAGAAGUGUAUGCUCUUUCACACAAACGUAUGAACAUUUGUACAUGUGUAGACACAACUGGUACAUGUAUUCAGUGUAAUGCAUAAUUAUGCUAUGACAGAAGGCUGUAUAUCUGAAUCAUUUAGUAAGCAUGCCUUCCAGAUUCAUAUAAUACACUUCCCUUGGAGAUACAGAGAAAUGCAGAUGUUGAGAUAUUAAAAGAUUUUAUUAUUUCAAAGUUCUGAAAGGAAUCAAAGUUUGUAGGGUCUAUUGCGUCCAUCACACAUUUGCUUCACUAUGAAAAAGAUUGUCAGGAUUUUGGAUUACUUCAAAAGCUUUCCAAACUUGUUGGAUGAGGGGUGUCAGUGGAAGAAAAGACAGGUGAUUUUAUUUCAUAGGAGCCAAAUUUUCUCUUUUAAUAGUCUCUAUGGACAUAACAAACACUCUUGUUGUAAGCAUGAUUCUGAAAAGCAGUUACCUCGAUGGCAUUUUUUCACAUUAUUCAGUGGCAAGCCCAAGUCUGUCAGUGGCAAUAUAGAGCAUUCAGGUGAAAUGCAUGGUAGCAAACACACAUUGUUCCUACAUGCAGUUAACUGUUUACAUUAUCAAGUGCACAAUCUGAAUUCAAGUAACCCCCUGUCCCAGCACCCACAUUUUCAACUUGAUAUUCAGACUUGGAAUGGUACAAGGUCCCCCCAAACUCACAUCUGAGUCUUGCUGGAAUUAAUCUUCCCUCAUUAUGAGUGGAACGUUCUUAAGUGGGACGAAUCAACUCAGUCUUACAGGAAGAUCUUUAUGUAACUAGUAAUGGGACUGUAUGAAUUGAGUGAGGUAGCUUUUAUUUUCUAAAAUGUUCUGCAGGUUAGCCUUGGGACUUGUUCUCGCUUACUGCAGCAAAUCAUUUAUUGGUUCUUAUUUUCUUCUAGCUCAGCAAUGGAAGAAUCCUGGAGAUAAAGUCCAAAUAUGCUCAAGCGCCCUCGAAUGCUUGCUUCCUUGUUAAAUGUCACCCUUCUAAUUCAAAGGAAAUGAGGAUGUGAUUCUUCCAUAAUCUUCAUCUCUCAUGACAGUCGCACUGUCGAGAAUGAAUAAAGUCUUUAAACAAAUAAACAUCCCCUUUACAGUCCAGUGAUUCAUUUAAUCAGAGCUAAAA